AUGGGUGUGAAGUCACUAUGGGAUCUCUUGACUCCAGUGGGCCGUCCAGUGCCGCUCGAGACCAUUGAAGGGAAAGCGCUCGCGAUUGAUUCUAGCAUUUGGAUUUACCAGUUUCAAGCUACUAUGCGCGACAAGGAUGGACGUGCAUUAGUUAAUGCACAUAUGCUUGGUUUCCUCCGACGUAUUUGCAAGCUAUUGUUCUAUGGGAUUCGCCCAGUAUUUGUCUUUGAUGGAGGAGCUCCUGCGCUCAAGAGAAACACGAUUAUUGAGCGUAAGAAGAAGAAGAGUGGUGCUGCUGCAACUCACGCCAAGAUUGCGGAGAAGCUGCUGGCAGCCCACAUGAGACGGGAGGCUUUGGUACAUGCUCAAGCAUCACACCCCCCAACUUCAAAUGGAAAACAGAAAGCGCCCUCAGGACCCGUAGUCCUAGAUGAGAAUGUGGUUUAUCUGGAGGACAUUGAUGGCUCUGCGCCGAAGACACCAGCAAAGAAGAAAGCAGAAGAAACACCCCCGUCGUCAAAGAAGAAAGCCCGCUUUUAUGAUCACGAUCCGUACAGGCUUCCAGACGUGAACCUCGAAGAGCGCGUGGCGAAGGCCACUAGUUCACGGGUUCCGGACCCGCGACUCGCCACAGAGGAAGAGCUUCGGGCAUUCAUUGAGGAUAUGCGUCCGGAGGACUUUGAUGUCACUUCUUCAGCAUUUCAGGAGCUGCCCACUGAAGUUCAGUAUGAAAUUGUUGGUGACCUCCGGUUGAAGUCACGUCAGACAUCGUACAAGCGCCUGCAGAAUAUGCUACGGAAGGCAGCAACGCCCCUCGACUUCUCACGAGAACAGAUCAAGAAUCUCAAGCAACGAAAUGCUCUGACUCAACAACUCUUGACGACCACCGACAGUAUCGGUAAAGCACACAUUACCAUCCCUGUUCGAAUUGCCAGUGAACGCAAUCGAGAGUAUGUUCUUGUCAAGAACGAGGGGGCAGAUGGUGGUUGGGUCUUGGGCAUCCGGGACGAAGGCACACGGUCAAAACCAAUCGAAAUUGAUCAAGACGAGCCCACACUUCAAAGUGACAGCGAUGAUGAUAUGGAGAUGGAGGAAGUCAGUAUACCAGGUGGUGGAGCCACUGACCCCGAUCUUCGGGAGUUUCAGUCAAGUAUGGCAUUGCACACCAUAGGUAAACGCUCGCAGCCAUCUGUUCUAAAACCUGUCCAGAGGCGAAUCAAAUCGAAGCCUUUGUUUGACCUGGAUGAUGACGACGACGACACAUCCAGACCUCUGAUUCAUAACGAAUUGGAGGACAUUGAUGAUCCUGAGCUUGCCCUGGCAAUUCAGGCUUCACUGGAAGAUAGUGCUGCCAAUUAUAAGCCUAGUACUCCUCCUGCAACUCCUCAGUCAAAACUUGCUCAUCUAACCCAUGAUUCCGAUGACGACUUAUACACGUCCCCUUCUCGGCUGGAGACUGCACUCUCAAUUGCAGGUGCCGGUCCAGCGCGAAGGCUAUCUGGAACUCUGCCCGAUCUUCCGUUGCAGACGUCGUUUGGGAAGGCAACUUUGUUGAUGUCGCCGAAGACAGCGUCGCGUCCCAUGCCAUCCGUUCGAUUACCCUCGUCAGAAUCAGAUGAGAGCAUGGAUGAAGUAUUGCCUGUACCAUCCUUCGAGGUACCAGAUAUAAUGCCGCCGCCUGUUGCUACCGCCACCCACAUCGAACCAUCUCCCUCCCCCCAAUUUUUGCAGGAUGCCGCACAAGAUUCAGAUGACGACAUGGAAGAAGUCGCGGUCACUAAUGAAGGCCGCGUCGAAGAAUUACCCGAGAGUUCUGUACCUGUGAUGCUCUCAGCACCAGAAGUUCUCGAUGCGGCCAAAGAACGACGAUCAAUAUCCUCUGCCUCUUUUCAACUGCCGAAGACGUUGGAACCUCCUUCGCAGCCUUCGUCAUCUAGUAUGGUCACGCCCGAGGCUCCGAUACCCGAGAGUGACGAUGAAUCUGAUAUCGAAUGGUCACGGUCUCCGUCUCCCGUUCAUGGUGCUGCUCCUGAGAGUGCUGAACAAGGAGCAUCUGCUGCCGCAGAAACAUGGGAUGCUGCUCAAGAGAUGGAUCCCCAUGCUGAAGAAGGCGAAUUUGUUCGCUUUAUCUCUCAAGUUAAGGGCAAAGAUUUGAAUGCCGUCAGAGAUGAGAUCGACGAAGAGAUUCGGACGUUGAAUCAGCAGAAGAAAGCAGCGAUGCGUGAUUCGGAAGACAUCACUCAACAGAUGAUCUCUCAAAUUAUGUUGAUGUUGCGUCUCUUUGGUAUUCCAUACAUAACCGCACCGAUGGAAGCCGAAGCACAGUGCGCAGAACUAGUGGCGCUGGGAUUAGUCGAGGGUAUCAUCACGGACGACUCUGACGUUUUUCUUUUCGGAGGUAUGCGCGUCUUCAAGAAUAUGUUCAAUCAAUCGAAGACUGUAGAAUGUUUUCUUUCGUCUGAUCUCUCACGGGAGCUUGGGCUGGAACGCGACACGCUCAUUCGUCUGGCAUAUCUGCUCGGAAGCGACUAUGUCGAGGGGCUUCCUGGGGUUGGCCCUGUAGUGGCCAUGGAACUGCUCAAAGAGUUUCCAGGCGAGGACGGCCUUCACAAGUUCAAGAACUGGUGGAUCAAAGUCCAAAGUGGGCGGGACCGAGAAGAGGACAAUACGACCAAAUUCCGGAAUCGUUUCAAAAAGAAGUUCAAAAAUCUGUAUCUGUCGCCGGAGUGGCCUAAUGCGUUAGUGAGGGAUGCUUAUUAUCAUCCGACGGUAGAUUCAUCAGAGGAGCCGUUCAAAUGGGGUAUGCCCGACCUCGACGCCCUCCGACACUUUUUACACGAAGAGCUACACUGGAACCAAUCCAAAGUUGAUGAGCUGCUGUUACCCAUCAUUCAGAAAAUGAAUAAGCGGAACCAGGCCGCAGCUAUGAAUCGGCAGGGCAAUUUAAAUAGCUUCUUUGAGGUUGCACCCGGUAGCGGAUCAUAUGCUCCCCGGAAACGACAAGCAUACGGAAGUAAGCGCCUUCAGCAAGUGGUUACAGAUUUCCGAAAACAGCAGGCACAACGGAACACUAGCAUACCACCUGAUGAAGCAGAUAAUUUCGUACCUGAAGACGACCAAGAGCCCGCGAUCAAAAAGAGGAAAACAGACACUAACCAGAAGGGUCGAACGAAACCCAGUCCUGCGGUGGCACCACAGAAAAAACAGCGGGCAGUUACUAGCCGCAGAGGCAAGGGCCGCGGUGCCAAAUUGCAGGGCUCGUCCGCUAGGACACUUGAGGAAUCUGGACCUGAAAGCGGAGACGAGUAUAUUGGCAAUGUUAAUGAUCGUGACGGUCCUUCCGCCGCAGAAACCUCAAAACCCCGACUCCGCCCACGGGCGAGACCAGUGGCAAAAGGGACCCGAAUACCUGACAGAUAUACCAUACUUGCGGCAGAGUUCGAGGGUCCUUAG